CAUGGCAAUUCUUGCAUAUCCAGCUACAAAAUGAGAAGCAUGUAUGUUACUUUACAUCUUUUAUCCAUGCUAUGCACUUUAGAGGUGGCUGACUCACUUUUGGGAGAAAGCAGAAGCUCUUCAGAAAAACCUUUCCACAGGGAACCAAGAGACCUGAAUGCUCCAUCUCCGAUAGACUGUAAGCUGAGCAGCUGGAGUGCAUGGGGGCCCUGCGACCCAUGCACUAAUCAGAGGUUUCGCUCUAGACGUAUUCAAAGAUUUGGACAGUUUGGUGGAAGACCAUGCCUGGAGACCUUAGGAGAUACACAAAGCUGUAAAACCAGCCAAGUCUGUCCUGAAGAACUAGAACCAGACUGCGGCAAUGAUUUUCAGUGCAAUUCUGGUAGAUGUAUAAAGCGGCGACUUGUAUGUAAUGUAGAUAAUGACUGUGGAGAUUUUUCUGAUGAAGAUAACUGUGAAGCUGACCCACGAUCACCAUGCCGUAACCACGACAUUGAUGUGUCUGAAAUUGGCAGGACUGCAGGACAAGGAAUUAACGUUUUAGGGAUGCAGCCAAUGGCCAGCCCAUUUGACAAUGACUUUUUCAAUGGUCUUUGUGAACGGGUGCGUGAUGGAAACACACGAACUUACUAUCGCAAGCCAUGGAAUGUGGGUGUUCUCAUUUAUGAUACAAAAGCGGAUAAAACCCUUACAUCUGUGUUCUACCAUGACCGUGUGAAAAUGUUCCGAGAAGUUUAUAUAGAAAAACAAAAACACUUUAAUGUUGACUUUUCCCUGAAAUACACACCAACUGAACAAAGCCAAAAAAAUGGUUCAGAAGGAAACUUCAAAUAUUUCUAUAGGAAGAAUUCAAGUUUAAGUUCUAUCCUGAACAUGUCCACAGAAAGGAACCAAACCUUUCUUCACAUAAAAGGAAAGAUUCAGCUGGGAAGAUUCCAAAUGCGGAGUCGUGAUGUCCGUCUCACAGAUAGUUUCCUUGAUGAUCUAAAUUUUCUGCCAACUGAAUAUGAUAAGGGAGAAUAUUUCAAAUUCCUAGAAGAUUAUGGAACUCACUAUGCAGUUUCUGGAACUGUAGGAGGAAAAUAUGAGCUUGUGUAUGUGCUGGAUACUUACGCUAUGUCUCGAAGAGGUAUCACUGUAGAAGAUGUGAAAAGAUGCCUUGGCUAUCGCUUGGAUGUCAAUAUUGCAUAUGAAGCCAUACAUACCAAUGUUAAUAUUGACAGUGGUAAAUGUGAACAGAUUCGUGUGAAGGACCAUUGUAAGUAUAUCCUUAUUUUAUGUUGUAUCUUUUGCUUAGGAAAGAUUAUACAAAUUCUUUCCCCUUUUUAUAAUCAAUAUAGAUAUUUCUGUAGAGGAAAGGACAACUCAAGUAGAAUAGAAUAG